AGGCAGGACUGCUACUUUUUUCCAGAAAGAAAAAAACAGCUUCACAAUUAUGCCACGUUGAGCAAACUCCAGAAUGAGUGCAAAACAACUGAGUGUGAGGAAAUGGAACUGGUCUGCUUGACUUGGAGAGGACUUACACCCUCGAUCACACGUUAUAUAAGCCACCAUGAAUGUUGAACAUAGGAAGCCAACGCUAAAAUGUGAUUCGCAGUGCUUUCCAAGACUGUCCGUGUACUCCUAUUCUCAGCGCCAAGCCAAAACAUCCACGAGCACACACUGCGCUCUUUGUGACACAGAGAGAGAGAGAUACCCGAUCAUUAGCGGGCGACAUAAAAAUUUGAAGCCUGUCUCAUAAACUUGACUCUAAAAGAAAAACAUCACGCGAGAACUUUGCUCAUUCGGUUGAAAAGGGCAAAGGAAACUGACUCAUCAUGCGUAUAUCCAGGACAGCCUCCGUGUGCUGGGUGGUGCUGGUGCUGGUGGGCGUGAGCCGACAGGUGCUGGGCUGCCCGUCCGGCUGCAAGUGUGCAAAGCAGUCGCAGCAGGACGGCUUGGAUGUUGACUGCGGUGACCAAAGGAUGAAAUCAGUCCCGUCCAAGAUCCCCUCCGACGCCUCGACCAUUAAGUUGGCCAAUAACGAGAUUACAAACAUUGGUGCCAAUGCCUUUCAGAAUCUUAACCAUUUAAAAAACAUCCACUUGGAGUCAAACCAUAUUAGUGGCUUUGACUCCAGAGCUUUCGCCGGAGCCAAAAGUCUGCAGAUGAUCAACUUGUAUGGCAAUAAUAUACGCAGUUUGCAAAGCAAAGCCUUUCAGGGCGUUCCUAGCCUCAAGUACCUAAUCCUGGGCAAGAAUAGCAUUCUGUCAUUUACCUCCAGCACCUUCCAAGGUCUAUCAGAGCUCUCCGACCUUGACAUGCCCAUGAACAACAUCACAUCCCUCCCAGCGCUCGCUUUCCAGCACACGCCCAGCCUGGUGAUUUUGGACCUGGCCUACAAUAAAAUCCAGCAGAUCUCACCCAAGGCUUUUGUUGGGCUGAAGAACCUGGACUACCUAAACCUAGACAAUAACAAGAUCACAACCAUUGCCCCCGGGACACUGCAGUCGCUCCAGAAUCUUGAGAUGCUAGUCCUCAAUAACAACAAUAUCAAGAGGGUGACGUCCAGCACUUUCAAAGGCUUGACCAACCUGCGUGAGCUUUACUUCAGCAACAAUAUGGUCAGCGUACUGACGAAGGAUGCCUUCAAUUCGAACAUCAAGCUCACACAGCUCACCAUCAGUGACAACAAAAUAAAAGUCAUCGAAGCAGGGACCUUUUCUACACUUUCAGGUCUGCAGAUGAUCUACCUGCACGGCAACCCCUACCACUGCGACUGCAAGCUCAACCCACUGGUGCAGUGGCUUGCAACAACCAAGACCAAGAUCCUACCCAACUCAGUGAUGAAGUGCUACACGCCAAAACCCAUGCAGGACAAGCGACUCCAGACGCUCAAGUCCACUGACCUCAAGUGCUAAGCUCCAAAUAACAUCCCUCUGAAAAGCUCCCCGAAAUAGGAGGCUUGCCGAGUGGUCCCUCGGCUCUCCGACGUGUUUUCGGGUUGUUAUCACGUGUUGUUUGGCAAGAUUGUCCGACUUUUCACUCCAAGUGUUGGGAGCUUCUUCAGGAGCUGAAAUGAAAUUCCUGAACAACACGUUACAAUCCAAAAACAAAUCGGAUAGCAAUACAGCACAAAACACAAACAAACAUAUGCAGUCCUAGAUGGUUGUAUCUGAGAUCAUUGAAUUCCUUUUUAUCAGCUAGGGUGUGACGUUACCUAUUAAAUUUUAGUAUUUUAAUAUCAAUGGAAAUAUUUUACUAAAUAAGGAGCUGGAAUACAGUACAGUUGAAAGUGAAGAGCACAUUGAUUGGCUUUGUGUGCAUAUGCAGAGAUGCACACAAUAAUCCCGCAGUAGUGCCAGUAUUUGGUUAGAAUAAGCAGCCAUGUUCAUUAAAGGUAGGUGAAAACAAAUCAUUUGUUUUGCUUCUAUAAAAUUAACAAACCAACUUUAUUUAUCAGAACUUGAAAGAAACAGAUUCACACCCUGUGGCUGAAAUGCAUGAAACAAAAACUUUUAAUUUUGAGAUUUUUUUCCCCUCUGGUUACCUAGGAACAACAUAAAAAGACAGUCAUUUGAUAACAAUCUACAAUGAGGGAAAUUAAUGCUUUUCAAAUACAUAAUGUAGAUUUGUUUUUCUCCUUAAAUACAUUUCAGAAUCUAAUUGUGUAUAUAUACUUACAAUAGAGCAUAUCAAUACUUUAUAUAAAAUAUAUCUGCAUGAGUUAUAUGGAUUUUGGCACUAAAGGACCAUGUGGGAUAAUGGCGGCAUGGGGAGGCCUUCAUCCAGAAGUAUAUAGACCGUGGCUGAUAAUGACAAUGAUACGCAAAACAAAUGUAGUUUAAUGAAAUGUUUUGUAUUGGAAUUAUUACAAAAAAUAUUUUAAGUGGUGUUUCUGACAUUUGAUUGCUCUGGCAGCAACAAUAUCAUUGGGUCAAUAUAUUGAUUACAGAGGCAAAACAUUUUUGUGAAUAUAUACUUCGUGAAAAUAAAUGCAACGAAAUAAUAUUUUAAAAAAUAUUUCAAAACAACAUCGUGACAUGGACACGAUUUUGUCGAUAAUGUAAAGAGUUGCACAUGUUUUGUAGAGUCGGGGGAAGAGCCAGUAACGCAUAAUGCCAUUUAAUGUGCUAAAAAUAGAAACCUCGAGACGAAGCAGCCAGAUAUGCAAAGGCGCAAGUUAUGAAUAGUUAAAUAUAUUUACGCUUGUCACGCGUCUUGUGGAAGUAAGACCUUUUUGAGAUCCACAAGUGGUCGGAUACUUUCCUCAAGACGCACGCUCUCUAGCGCUCAGUACAGCACACACUCAGAAGGAGGAAAGUCGAACCCGACACACAUUCACGCUCUUUAACCUAAAAGCAUAUGUUCGCACAAGUCAUAAACCGCGAGACAUAUGUGCACGGUCACUCAAAGCCAGGGUCUCCUGUGCCACAAAUGAGCCGAAGUUUGUGACAUUGCACUUACCUGAGAGGAAAGGUUAAUCAAAGGGAAGAAACGCAAACCCGUGAGUAGAAUAUAUGAUCACAGAUACUUCUUGCCCUGGCCAUGGAUGAUGAUAUAUGUGUGCACCUUGUCAACAGAGCUGCAGCAUAUUUGCAGGUGACUGAGUAAGGGGGAUCCGAAAAUUAGUAUUUUUCCACCACACCUAUAAAAUCCUACUCUGUUGGAUAUAUGAAGAUACCCUGUGUUAUUUCAAUCACAAGGUUAUGAUUCUCAAGCGCAAUAUAGUUGCACACAAGUUAACAGCACAUAAUGAUCACCACUGUGUAUUUUUUGUUGCUUUUAUGUUAAUACUUUUCGUUACAGGAUUAUAUCGAUAUACGCUAGAAUAUACGCUAGUCUUCAAGACAUUGCAAGUGUAAUGCAUGGACGAGUUUCAGAGAUUGUACAGAGAUGGAUGUUGAGGCUUGUUUUGAAAAGCUGGUUAAUCUUUUCAUUUGCUUUUCUCGCUUUCUUUAAACAACAUUUAUGUCACAUAUAACACGUGUAACUUCUAUAACUUCAAUAAAUGUUUCUAAAUUGCA